GCGCGUCUCUGGUUUCACUGGUGUAAGUGGAGCGGACUGAAGCUGUGCACCAUGGAGAGCAGACACCACAUUUAAACUCAGGAGAACAUUUCCCUUCAUGUGCUGAAGAAAUCUGCUCAUUCACUCAACAAGAAAGAUGGAGAAGGAUUCCCCAUCAACACCCACUCCUGUCAAAGCUCAGGGGUCACGCUCUGUCGAGGAUGGACCCUCUCGUCCCUCCACCGUACAGAUGCCUCCCUCACCUGUCUCCAACAACCUCUCUGCCACACCCAAAUCUCCAGCCCCCACAGAAACAGAGCCAGAACCCAGGCAACCCUCAUAUUCUUCGCCACAAAAACCUCAAGUCAUGUCGAAAUCAACGGACUCCCCUCCUCCGGCUGAAGGGUCAAAGCCUUCCUCUUCUGCUGUGUCCUCUGAACCCGCUUCUAAAACUGUCUCCACCAACCCAUCCUCUCCUGCUCCACACAAAACACCCCUCAUCACUUCUCUUAACCACUCUAGCCCUCAAAUCUCCAAAAUGUCCCCUGUCUCCAAACUCGCCUCUCCCUCCGCUGCUUCAGCCGGUGUGACCUGUACGACUGUGACAGAUUCCCCUCCAUCGUCCUCCAGCACUGCUUCCACCGCAGCGCCUGCAGCGUCUUCCACCGACCCAGUGAAACGCACCUUUGCCUCCAUGGCCAAGCGGGUCAUAAUACAGGAAAGACUCAGGAAAGCAGAGGAAGAGGAUGCCGUUGAGGAUGAAGAUGAUGAUGAACCGGAGGAGGAUUUGUCCGUGGAGCAGAUGGAGGAGAAGGCCAAAGCUGGCGAUGCCCGAGCUCAGACCCGGCUCGGUCAGCACUUCUUGAUUCUUGCUGAAGAGAAGGACACUGAGCUGAAUAAUCUCCUGGCUGUUAAUUGGCUGAUUACAGCAGCUAAACAGGGAAGAAAAGGUGCAGCGACAUUACUGCAGCGCUGCUGGAUCCAGAACAAAGGAAUCACUCCAGAGAACGAGGCCCAUGUGCGAAAGUUGUCAACAGAGAGUAGGUUUGAACUGGCUGUACGCAAAGCAGCCAUGAUGAUGUACUUUAAGCUCAACCCAGAGAGGAAGAGGAAGGUGGCUGUGUCUGAGAUGCUGGAAAAUGUCGGCCAGGUCAAUGCAGUGCAAGGUGGCAUCGCAAGCAGGAUUCCCGGGCCAACCUCAGGCCAGACCCAGAAAGUGUUGGAAAGCAUGGUCAGCAAUGAGUCUGAACAGUUGGUGGAUCUGGAUGACUUUGUUGAGAUGACAAAAAGGUACGCACAAGGUAUCGCCCCCUCUGCACCGCAAAACAACACCCAGGCCACAGCCAAGAAUAAAAGCCCUGCACCUGACGACCGUGGAGGGGAGCACAAGACUGAGUUGGUUCCAUCAGGAUGCAAGAAGUCACGCAAAGGUUCUUGGGGCUUUGGUGGAAGUGGGAUGAUGUUGGACAUGAAGUCACAGUUGAUGAUGCUGCAGUACCCGCUGCACACCAUCGUGGAUAUGAAGGAGGCCCUGGUGGACUGGGCGUCGCGGGCCGGCGUCCAGUGGCUGAGCACCGUCAUCCCCACACACCACGUCAACGCCCUCAUUUUCUUCUUCAUCAUCAGCAACCUGACAGUCGACCUGUUUGCUUUCAUCAUCCCUCUGGUCGUCUUCUACCUCGCCUUCAUCUCCAUGAUCAUCUGCACGCUGCGUGUUUUCCAGAGCAGCAAGGCUUGGGAGAACUUCAGAGCGCUGACAUCUUUACUGACGCGCUUUGAACCGGGGCUGGAUGUGGAGCAGGCAGAGACCAACUUCGGCUGGAACAACCUGGAGCCGUAUCUCUAUUUUAUCAUAUCCGUCUUCUUUGUCAUUUUCUCUUUCCCUGUAGCCGACAAAGGCUGGAUCCCCUGUUCUGAGCUCUCCACUGUGGCCAUCAUCUUCACCGCCGUCAGCUUCAAGAGCCUCAGCCCCACUGCGGCCAUGUACGCACGCCGAGCGAUGGUCAUAGAGGUGGCAUCGUGUCUGUGUUGCCUGACCCAGUUCCUGCCAGAGAACAUGAUGGUGCUUCGGUUUCUGGGACACACCUUCGCCACUCUACCACUAGGGGAAUCGGUGGUGCUGAAGCUCAGUCUCCCCUGCCUGCUCUACAUUUACCUGUUCUACCUGUUCUUCAGCAUGGCAAAGAUGCGUGGUUUCCGGGGGACGUACUGCUUCUUGGUUCCUUACCUCGUGUGCUUCAUGUGGUGUGAGUUCUCCGUGGUUCUCCUCCAGAGUUCCUCCGCUGUGGGUCUGAUCCGCACCUGCGUGGCCUACUUCCUCUUCCUGUUUGCGCUGCCUAUUCUGACGUUUGGCCUCGCCAUCAUGAUUCUCAUCCAGCUCUUCAAGUGGUUCCUGGAGCUGGAACUGACGAAGAUGAUCGUGACCCUGGUCGUAUGUGCGAUCCCCGUCACCCUGCGACUCUGGACACGAUUCAGCAUGUCCAUUUUGGACGUGUUCCGUUCUCUGACCUGCCGCGGCCCAGUCAAACUCAUCUUACUCUGUAUCUCCAUGGUGAUCCUGUUCUUCUCCAUCUAUGUGUACCACGCAGAGGGACAGAAGGGGCAUAACUCCACGCUGACGUGGAACCAGUACAGCCUUGUGUGCGGGCCCCCUGCCUGGGAAACCAAAGGCAUGGCCCAGACGCAGAUCUUCUGUAGCCACCUUCAUGGACACAGGAUCACGUGGGCUGGACGUUUCAAGCACGUCCGCGUGGCAGAGACAGAGAAUGGGGCCCAGUCUGUCAUUAACAUGUUGCCGGUGUUCAUGGGGGACUGGCUGCGCUGCCUGUACGGAGAGACGUAUCCCAAAUGUGAUUCAAAGAACGAUACGGUCGCAAACCUAACAGCUGCAGCCGCUUCCGGACCGGCCUCUCUCCCACUGCCCAUCCUGCUGCAAAUGCAAGAAGAAGAAGAGUUGUGUCAGAUCAAGGCUCUGGCCAGAAACACCUGCCACGUGAAGCGCUUCGACAGCUACCAAUUUGAGGUGACUGUGGGAAUGAUCCGGGACGGGAGCCUGGACGCAGGCGACCCGGCCAGGGAUAUAAUCCUGAUUGCCAGCAAUGAGUUCCGACAGGUUCUGUUCAAACUCAACCCUGGUAACAUGGUGGAGUUCAGCAUCAACCUGGAGGGCCGUCUCGGAGGCAGAGCCCCGGCCUUCGAGCUGAAGGCCAUCAACUGUCUGGACUGUGUUUCCUCGCUGUUAAAAGGAGGCAGGCAGGUGAAGAUAGAGAGAGACUGGAGACGCACGACGAUGAAAGCGCUGAAGUUUGCCUUUGAUUUUUUCUUCUCUCCGUUCCUGUCGGCGAAAUUCACUACCUGAGGAGAGAGACACUAGAAAUCAUUAACUCUUCACAGAGUAGCUUUCUGACAAUCAUGUCACUGAUGCAAUUUACUGUAGGAGGUGAAAUAUUAUUUUAAUAUUUCUGAUAGUACUUUCUAGGGCUGGGCGAUAUGGCCAAAUGUUAUCGAUAUCAGUCAAUAUUGAUAUCAGUAUAUAUCAAUAAUAAUAAAUAUGGAUUUAAAACAUUGCUAUAACUAUUGAUAUUGUUUUAUUGCCCAGCCCUAGUACUUCCUGUGAGUGCAAGUGUGAGUUUAGAAAUAUUUUAUUAUUUCUGAAUGGGCUGAUGCCAACAUUCAGUUAGAGGCAAACUUUCAAACUUAAUUAUGUAUUUUUAGUUUAGGGAAGUUUAUAUAGAUUAUAUUAACUAAUAUUAAUAUGUGCAAGGAAGCUUAUGUUGGCUGCUGACCACCUCUGAACAUGACACUGCAUUUCUCAAAAGAAAUAUAGUCACAUUGUAAAAUGCAUUUUUAUAGGUAAAUGUUCCUGCUGUGUUUGUAUUCAGUAUUUUCUUACAUGUAUUGUGAAUAUGUUUGCAUGUGCAGUAUGUAUUUACAUUUAUGUGCAUACAUUAGCACAGUUUUAAGUUUACGGAUUUAUUUAUAGGUGUUGCGUAAUAUUGGUUGUGUGCAAACCAUGUGUAGCUUUGUUUUACAAACUUUGUGGUCUUAAAACGUUCUGCUCUUAAUUUUAUUUAUUUAAUUAUUGAUCAGAUUUUCCUGUGGCCUAAACCACAGUGCACUUAAAAUAUCAUUAGUCAAAACAUUGAUCCAGUUUUUAAUGUUCGCAGUGACGAUUGAACAAGAAACUGCUGCAGCUUUAGUCUCAGUUUCAUGUUUGUUACACACUCAUAAAAGAUGUUAUGGUCAAUCACGGGUUUUACUGCUUAUGCUGUCAACCAAACAUUGCAUCAGUUUAUUUUUACUAAGUAGGAGGAGGGGACUUCUGAAUGUGAUGUCUUACAGCAGAUAUGUCAACAAAAUUAUUGACAUUUUAUCAAAUUGUUUUGUUCAAUCUCAGAAAAUGCACCGAGUUGGCCUUUUGUUUCAUAGUACUGGAGGGCUUUAGAUUGUGCUGAUGUCAUGAGACGUUAGUGAAGUUUAUGAGAAAAUAUAUUUCACAGUUUAACAUUUUUUGUCUCUUUCCAGUGGCAAUUCAAUUCUCCUUCUUAAGCAAAAGAAACCAUGUAAGGGGACAUUACUAAAAUCAGAUUAUUAAAAAUGCAUUGUGUGAAUGGGGCUGUUUUUAUCAACAUGCUUUCAGUGCAUGGAAACCCAUAUAUGUGAACACUAUUAAGUUGCAAAUGCAGCUGUGAACGAUCACUGAGGUUGAGCCUGUAUACUGUGAUUCAAGUGUCUUUUUAUCUAGUGAUGGAUUGUGUGGGGGUGUGCAAUGAGUAUUAAUUAAAGUGCUUGACUUUGAAACAAAA